AUGGUGGUUUCUAAGAAGCGACCAGCAGCGGCCAGUGUCAACGAAAGCAUCAAUGCUCUCGAGGACCUGUGUGACACCGCCAAUAAGCGGUCGAAGGGCAAAGGAGAGAAGUUCGCAAAAUUGAAGGCUCGCGGAGCACUUCCGGCCCAUAUAGAGGAAUAUUAUAACAACAUCCCCGACGGCGUGAACCCCCGGGAACACAAGACUGACGUUAUCAACCGGCUCUUUGUGCAAACGAGAGACGGAAAAUAUGUCAUGAACACGAACGACAUUAUGUUCAAGCAGAGCCUUGCUAUCUACAACAAGAAGUUCAGCCGCGAGGAGGAGAUCGGAGUCGCCAAGAGUGUCUUCAUAGCCAAGCACUUCCAUGGGGACGAGAAAGCCUUCGACCGGGCCGUUGAGAAAGGCGAUGUCUAUUGCCGAGAGCACAAGGGCAAGGAGUACUAUGCCUUCGAGCAGGUCACUAUGGGGACCGAGGGUGGUACCACGGAGAAGCACGACAUGGAGGGUGUCAAGAAGUUGAGCAAGACAGAGGCAGUGCAGCUGGAGGGAAUGAUGAGCAGGCUAAACUGGCAUUGGAAAAAAGCCAUGACCGAUGAUGCGAUCGAAAACGGUGAGAUCUCCGAUGCCAUGAAAAAGCUGCUUCGCGAUGCCCUCGCCAGCCAGAACAAGCUUGCCGCUGAGUGCAUGAAGAUGCUGAAGAAUGAGGUCAAAGUGUUUGCAGGGGACGACGUUAAGCAGAUUCGCCAAACCUUGUCGGGCUGCCAGAACAAUUCCCUUGCCCUGCAGCAGUUGAUCGAGUUCAGCAUGCUCCCCAACGACGAGAAGCUAACCAAAGCAUCCCUGGACCACUUGUUGAGGGAUAUCGCAUCCAUGACCCAGAAGCACAACCAGUUGGUGGAAACCAUGAAGGGCAAGAUCAGAGACCGCAUUCCUGAAGAUCUUCUUUUUUUGGCCGGCAUUGGCAAUUCAGGCAGAGAUCCGCAAAAUUGUCAUUCGCAAUUAAUGGCGAAACUCGAGCCCGGCAUCAAGCUUCCUCGGCCACUGGAGGUCAACAUGAGGUUCAAGAUGGGCGACUUCAGGCAGCAAAUACUGCUGCCACAUGAAAUGUUUUCGGCGCUUUUCCGUUCGUAUGGGCCUGCAUUCCGGUCACAUAUAUUGCCUCGGCCAGAAGAGCUGAACAAUUUCUGGACCAAAGUCGCUGGACACCCAGCCCUCGAAGGCCACGAUGUCUUGUCUAGAGAAGAUCGCUUUACAAAAGCGAUACCUAUCGGAGUCCACGGCGACGAUUGCCCGGUUUCUGGACUGGGAAAAUGUUGGGUCUCGAAGCUAUCGACAAUGAGUUGGUACUCAUUCAUGGGCACAGAUUCCCGAACCAAGGAAAAGCUCAUGUGGAUAUAUUCCUGUCCAGAAAAAUAUCGGUUGAACAAGUCCGACCAGCACGAACCUACUCCUGACACUUUCUUCAGGAUCCUCGCAUGGUCACUGACGUGGCUCUACCGAGGCAAAUGGCCGGAUAGAGAUUUCAACGGUGCCAAGUGCCUUGCGACUGUUCAUCACCCGUUUUUCUUUGAUGCUAUGUACAAGACAGGAACUUUGGAGCAUAAGCGGGCUCUGACCCCGCUUGCUGGCGGCUUGUACUGUGUCCUGCUUGGAAUCACAGGCGACCUUGAUUGGUUCGCAGCAGUGCUGAAGCUCCCGCAUUUCGCAAGCUCGAAGGGCCCAUGCUGCUUAUGCAAGGCCCAGGCCAAGGGGCCCUUGACAUUCACUAACUUUCGUGCAAAUGCACCGUGGCGAGACACGGUGUGGAAGGCGACAGAUUGGAUUGCGGAUCCGAACCGAUCUCAGAACCCAAUUUUUGGGGUACCUUCAACAUCAUGCCAUGUCGUGGCAUUGGACCUGAUGCAUUGCAAGCACUUGGGCACAGACAUGUAUAUGUUCGCCAGUGUGAUAUACCUGCUUUGCCACCACAUACUUCCACACGAGCCACAGGAAAACCUGCGGGUUGUUUGGCAAAAGCUGAAGGAGAGCUAUGUCAAGCUUGGUAUUAGUGCUGGGCAGCGGUUCCGGGCCUUGACGAAGACGUCUAUGUAUACCCGCAAGACCGGGUAUCCGAAGCUCAGAGGCAAAGCCUAUGAAUGCCGAUAUCUGGUCCGACCACUAUUGGAGACAUGGAAUCAUUUUCGCAACCCCCGGUUGCAUGUACAUCAACAGAUCACUCUUAUGCUGAAACAGAACAUGCUGAUGGAAAGGGGGCUUUCUGAAAACAAAGCUGCUCUACAGUUCCCUGCGGAGGCGGCUGAAGCCUUCCGGAAAGCCACCACGAACAUGCUGCUGCUCUAUGCUGCUGUCGCGACCCAUUUCGCUAAUGCUGGUAUCCAGGUCUUUGAUGUGACGAGCAAAUUCCACAUGCUCCAACACAUCGCCGACUACUGCGAGUACUUGUCUCCACGUCUCGUAUGGUGUUUUUCUGGAGAGGAUAUGAUGCGGCACACUCAAAAGCUUGCUCAAGCAUGCAGCAGGGGGGUCGGACCCUGUAUGGUUGUUGGCAAGAUGUCUCGCAAGUACCGCCUGGCCUUGCACCUUCAGUUCUCGCAAGAGUGA